UCAAUCCUACACACUCACUUCACAAGAGUCAUACAUACAGGUGAUUCUGGUACAUUGAACAGUCACAAGUAUUGUCGAACAGACGUGGAUAUACGACAGGGGCUCGGCUUGACGCUAAAUAAUAUACCUGGUAAUUCAGAUACGUGUUUACAGUGGAAAUUUAUAUUCUUGGAAUUACCACUGAAUUAAGAUGAAGACGCUGGUCACUUUAAUAGCCUGUCUGUUGUAUGUUACAGUGACGUCAGCACAAGAUUGUUCAGCCAUUGCCCUAGAGUCCCGUUACAAGAGCUGCUUGGAUCAGUUCAUCAACACGUACUACAGCCCCACGGCUAACGGGACAGCCUCCCAAGCAGACUGCGUGCAAGCCAGAGAUGAAGGGGUAGCUUGUGUUACCAGCCUACUUACCGACUGUUCAUCUACAGAACCCCAGCUAACAAAGAUUAUUGUCUCAGCCAAUGCAGAAAAGGCCUUCGAUUUUGCCUGUGACAGAAUAAACGAUGUGUCGUUGGCUAACCAGUGUUAUAAAACCGUCAAUGCCAGUAGCCAGUUACAAGGCUGCGAACAGACGAAGCGCCAGGAAACAAGCCAGCUUCUGGGUCUGGGCAACAACGCCACCAACGGCCAGUCACUAUGCGUGUUUCUCGAGGCUCAUAGCACGUGUCUGGCAUCAAGGAUGCAGUCUCAGUGCCAGUCACAAAGUGUGGAAUUCGUCCAACUUCUUGGCACCUAUCUACCAACCGACUGUGCGACUUUAAAGUCCGACCCAACGGCGGAGGAGGAGAAGAGUCCAUGCGGAGAUGACGCUGUCAUGGUUAACUUCACCGUCUGCGUCAAGCCCUUCUUUGACAGAAUAGAAAGUCUUGAUUUAGAAAAGAAAAAAUGCGAUGAAUCUGUGACUGAGACAUUAAAAUGUGUGGCCAAAAUUGUAAAGAAGUGUGCCAAAGAAGAGUUCAAAUAUAUCCAGAAGUUGUUGGACUUAGCGCGAACAAAGAACGCCCUGGACUUCGGGUGUUCUCGGAACUGGAAUCUGUCUGCAGGGGCCUUCUGUUAUAACAAACACUACGGCAGCGACAUCAAACCGUGUCUGGACAUAAAGAUGAGAGAUCAAAAGAUCUACGCUUCAGAGAAAGAGAGGACAUUCAAGACUGUCUGUAGGUACAUCGACGCGACCACAGACUGUGCCAAAAGUGGAAUGGAGACGUGUAAGGACGAGGCGGUGACCUUCACGGAGUACGUAAAGAUGUUCUUCCCUAGGGACUGUACAGAAGACAAUAACUCUGCCUCCUCAGUGUCGUCUGCUGUGUUGGGAUUGCUGACGUCACUGUUACUAGUCCACGCGCUGCUGUAAUUGUUUAGAUAUUGUUAAAGAGACUAUAUUUUGUAGGAACCCAGACAUAAAAUACGUUCCUAUUGAUUUGCUGAGGCUAGUAGACUAGUCAUGCAGAUUUUGUCUUGCUGAAAAAGAGACUAAAAUAUAUGAAAUUCGCAUUAGUGAGUUUCUUUAAACAAUGUGAAUUGACUGAUGAUUAACAAGCCACAAAUAAUUCCAUUGCGGGUCACAAUCUUGAGUUACUAGAAAAGCACUCUGAUGCACUUUUGUGCACAAGCCAAUUUCAUUGGGCGUCAUAAUUUUGAGUUACCAGGGAUGCAUUCUGAUGCACAUUUGUAAUAAAAGAAAAUAGGGUUUUCGAUAUACCUGAUGCAUGAUUGUCUUUCAACCGCUUGGACACCUCGGAUGAUAACCAAAAUGUGGAUAGUUCGUCUAUUUGCCAAGGCAUGCAUGCAUGCAUUGGACCAUCUAUUUGA